GCGGUGGCGUUGUGGGACCCUUUGCUGGCGGCGCGGGACCCUUCUCUGGCGGCGGCCGAGUACGCGGCGUGGUUGGAAAGAAUGGCGGCGGCGAGACGAGCGGAUCAGGUGAAGGCGAUUGAAUUCCGAAAGAAUCUGCUGGCGAAUCCUUUGACGCCGGAGCAGUUGCGAGAACGCGAGGAAGCCGCGUGGGACAAGUAUAACAACGAGUCCUGGGAGAUGAUUCGCGAUAACUGGACCUGGCCUCCCUUCGAAUCCCUCACGGACAUCCCUUGCAUGCGAUACACCAAGGGCCCCAAUUAUCCAGGCCAUGUCUUUCCCAUGGAAACUCUGCAGGUCGUUUCAGUCCAGGUGAAAGAGAUAACCGGCGGGUUACAUUGGCCGCUGGAUGUUUAUGGUUUUGUCGCUGUGCGUGAUGUGCUGGAUCGCAAACGCAAUAUGCUUUUCGACCGUCAAAGGAAUGACUACCAACGAAUCAGUGAGCAGGAUUCCUACCUAACACUGACCGGUCCUACUCGUGGUGUUGUCAUGACGAUUGAUACUUCGUAUUUGGAGGCUAAGCUCAGAGUAAGAGGUGCUACUGAAUCUGAGGACAAAGAUCUGAGCAAAUUUGCUAAGACGUACAGAUUAGGCUGCUACCUUCCUAUCAAGCACACGAGCAAGCUUUGCACACUGGAGCUGCAGCAUUACACUGUUUGUUCAUCUGUAGAGGCUACAAUUCGUGUUCAAGUCACUGAUGGGCAGUUUCCUCAUGGUUUUCGUGGUGUCCUUACUGCUAGCACCGACUCUGAAAGUGAUGUGAUGAUCUCAUUACUGGAUUUUAAUGAUGAUGAGUUGCCAGUUGAUGCUGAAGGAUCUGUGAAGCUGUCACGCCAAGUUGUUUCUGUUAAAGAAGGCGGGAAGCUGAAAGUUUCUGUUUGGCAACGUGGUGUUGGUGAGGAAGAAGACAAAGAGAUAACUGCUGCAUCAUUUGUAGCCAUGGAAGCUGAAACAAGCACUAAUUACAUGCCGAUGAAGAAAUGGAAGUGCUGGAUGGAAGUCAAUGUCGCAUGGUCCCUUUUCAGCUGUUGGUGAGGAUUAAGACCAAGAUAUAUAUAUAUAUAUAUAUA